GGAAGCCUUCACAACCCAAGCGCUCGACGUUGUCGUAGUUGGCAUCGAUCAGGCCGUGCAGUCCAAUCUUGUUUCUUUUUGAGCGACGGCCACUCGUUCACUUGACGAGUUCGAUGUCGGAUACUCCCCCCCUAGAAGAUGGUUCGCGAGGUGUCGUCGUUUCACAAAGUGUCCAAGAGGCACGUGAACCUGCACCAAUCACCGAACAGGAAGUCGGAGAGUACAGGGAACAGGAUCGUUUUCUUCCCAUAGCGAACGUAUCUCGUAUCAUGAAGCAGUCCGUACCACCGACAGCAAAAAUCGCCAAAGACGCAAAGGAAUGCGUCCAGGAAUGCGUCUCGGAAUUCAUCAGCUUCAUCACCUCUGAGGCAGCCGAAAAGUGUCAGAUGGAGAAACGCAAGACCAUUGGCGGUGAAGACAUUUUAUAUGCCAUGGUCACGCUCGGAUUCGAAAAUUAUGCGGAGACACUAAAGAUUCAUCUUGCGAAACUACGGCAGCACCAGGCUAGCAGUUCAUCAAACCCUCGUGGAGACCACCGAGACGACGACAAGUGAAUAAGUCUCAUUGCUGUUGUGCAUCAAUUUUAUCAAGCUAUCCUUUAGUGCCC